CACGCCGUUAUCCACCACACAAUCGGCGGAAGGACCGAAUAGUCGCCGCCGGCCACCGGCCACCGGCCACCGUGAAACCAACGAGCAAACGGCGGCGCCUCCAGAGAGAUCGGGAGAGAGAGAGAGAGAGAGAGAGAGAGAGAGGGGUUCGGCCAUGGAGACGAGCAGCAGCCGGGGACGGAGCGGGAGCGCGGGAUUGAAGCGCCGCAGGGGCCCCGGCGGCGGCGGCGGCGGGUCGGGGUCGACGGCGCAGGCGCUGAACGACGACACCCUCCGCUCCGUCUUCUCCCGCCUCGACGACCACUUCGACCUCGCCCGCUGCUCCACCGUCUGCAACUCAUGGUAUCUACUACUACGAGAUUAGAAGAAAUAGCCUCAAUUACUACUCUGCUGUCGCAUUGCAUUGAACUCUGCUGCCUGGAUUUUAUGCCUAGAGGUUGCAGGAUAAGUGGAUAACUAUGAAGCAUGUCCCAAUACUCCGGGUCUGCGGUUUUCCUUUUUUCCUUAAAUGGAAUAGAGUUAUUGACACAGCUCAUCUGAUGAGGGAUCUAUAUUACAAGAGGAAUCCACAAGCAAGAAGUUCAGGGUCUAAUACUUCAAUAAAGAGUUACUUCAAGGAGCUUGCACUUGAUGAACAUGCAUCGUCUUUCUCUAGAGGUCCUGCUGAAGUUUAUCAGUGGAUUGGUCAUCCUAACCAGGCCACCAUAUGCCGCAUGAAGAGUGGUUCAAUCUUAACUGGAGUUGGAGAUAAGACUCUCCGACUUUGGUCUGCUGAAAGUUGCAAAUACAUGAAUGAGUACAUUGUUCCAAGUUCUAAAAUGCUGGUCAACUUUGAUUUUGAUGAAAAUAAGAUUGUAGGUUUGACUAGCUCCCAGCUUUGCAUAUGGAGACGUAGUGAGCCGAGAAGUAUUUUUCAAUCUCGUGGAGCCUCAUUCAACCGUGGCUUAUGUAUGAGUUAUGCCGAUCCAGAGGUUAUAAUUGGUUGUGAGGAUGGUAGAGCAUUUGUAUAUGAUAUGUACAGCAGGAGUUGCUCAAGCAUCUACCGGCUUCACUCUUCUCCCUUGACAUGCUUGACAAUAACAGAUGACCAGCUCAUUGCUGCUGGUUCUACAUUUGGAAAUGUAGCUAUUGCAGAUCAAACCUCUGGACAAAAGUUAGGUGUUCUGAAAUCAGCUUUUGCACCAACAGCAAUAAGAUGCUUGUCAUUCAGCACAAGUGGCCAUUUGAUAUUCGCGGGCUCAUCUGCUGGUUAUGCGCACUGCUGGGACUUGAGGACCCUGAGGCCUCUCUGGGAAAAGAGAGUUAGCCCAAAUGUCAUCUACAGCGCACAUCACUUGCCAGGUGACACAGCAACACUGGCAGUCGGCGGUAUUGACGGUGUGCUUCGCUUGAUAUGCCAAAGAACCGGUGAAACCAUCCGAAGUUUCAUAGUUAAUGCAGACCGCCCAGCAGCAUCCAGUUCCCAUCAGCAAGUCGAAAAGAAAAGCGUCCGCCAGGUUGCUCCAAAUGCGCGGCUUGACAACAUCCCCACACGCCUGCGCCCUCAGAUCACUUGCCUGGCAGUAGGCAUGAAGAAAAUUGUGACCACACAUGGCGAAAACUACAUCCGUGUCUGGAAGUUUCGCCCGAAGAGUUCUUAGAAUGAUCAUCCGGAGCCAGACACUUUGUUAUGAUGCUUAACGACCCCCCUUUUUGUAAAAUUAGACGAAAAUAUGUUCUGCAUCUGUCAAUGCCAGAUAGUAUGCCAUGCUGUUGUGUUGUGCAAAAAUAUUUGUUGUAUCAGGAGUUAUGUUGAAUUAAUCUCAUACCUUUACAAAUUAUUGUUGGUUGUUUCAGUUCUCACAGGAUACUCAAGUUGUAGGUGCACUCAAAUAUCAAUAUUAGCAGGUUCUUUUUUUCAUUUUGAGUGGAGGAUUAGAAGGUUCCUUAAACUGGUGGCUUGCCACACUAACAGUACGAUUUCUCAAAAGACUUUUUCCUACUGCAUUGUAUUGAUUAUAUGAUCAUGAUGUUAA